AUGGUCCAAUCAUCAGUUCUCGGUUUCCCGCGCAUGGGUGUCAAUCGUGACCUUAAGAAAGCAACAGAGGCUUACUGGGGUGGAAAAAUUCAGCAGGAAGAGCUUCUUGCUGAAGCUAAGCGCCUCAGACUCGCACACUGGAAAAUACAAAAGGAUGCCGGCGUUGAUAUUAUUCCAAGCAAUGACUUUGCUAUGUACGACCAUGUCCUUCACCAGAUUCAAGACUUCGGUGCCGCGCCGCCUCGCUACACCAAACACGGACUCAAUCCAGUUGAUGAGUAUUUUGCCAUGGGACGUGGUAUCCAACGGGACGGAGUAGAUAUUACGAGUCUAGAGAUGGUUAAAUGGUUUGAUUCAAACUACCAUUACGUCAAACCUACAUUCCAGGACAAUCAAGAAUUUAAGCUGAACCCUAAUCCAAAGGCACUCAAAGAUUUUCUUGAGGCAAAAGAAGCGGGCAUCAUGACACGCCCAGUGAUCGUGGGUCCCAUAUCAUUUCUACACCUCGGAAAAGCUGAUCGUGACCAAACUGUGCAACCUAUCAGCCUUCUCGAGAAACUCAUCCCGGUUUACGUUGAGCUCUUAACCCAACUCAAAAAUGCCGGGGCUGAAUAUGUUCAAAUGGACGAGCCAAUUCUCGUACAGGACCUUCCCCAAGAGGUCAAGGCUGCAUUUUCCUCUGCAUACGACAAAUUUAUUGCACAGGGCAAGAAGAUCCCCAUGUUGGUGAUGGCAACCUACUUUGGAGAUAUCGUUCACAACUUGGAUGCCAUACCGAAGGAAAUUUACGGACUUCACGUAGAUUUGGUACGAAAUCCAGAACAACUGGAUCAAGUGAUAGGAGCUAUCGGCACGACAACAGUUUUGUCCGUUGGUGUCGUUAAUGGACGCAACAUCUGGAAAACAAAUCUCAAGACAGCCAUCGAGAUUGUAGAAAAGGCCAUUCAGAAACUUGGAUAUGGUCGUGUUAUUGUUGCAACUUCAAGUUCUCUUCUACACACCCCUCAUACUCUAGUGAGCGAGAAAAAGCUGGACUCUGAAAUUAAAGAUUGGUUUGCAUUUGCCACUGAAAAGGCAACUGAAGUAUCUGUUAUUGCAAAAGCUGUCACAGAUGGCCCAACCUCAGUCAAAGAGAUUCUAGAAGCAAAUGCCAAGUCGAUUCAAUCCCGAGCCACCUCAAAGCGAACUAACAACCCACAAGUUAAGGAACGCCAAGCCAAGAUAACGGCUGAGAUGUACAACAGACAGUCUGAAUUCCCUGUUCGUAUUGCGGCACAGCAAAAGUCCUUAAAUCUGCCUUUAUUCCCUACAACCACGAUCGGAUCCUUCCCUCAAACAAGUGAAAUCCGUAUUCAGCGUAACAAAUUUGCCAAAGGUCAAAUUACAAAGGCUGAAUAUGAAAAAUUCAUCGAAAAGGAGAUUGAGGAGGUAGUCCGGGUCCAAGAAGAGCUCGAUCUUGAUGUGCUUGUACAUGGUGAGCCAGAAAGAAAUGAUAUGGUUCAGUAUUUCGGCGAGCAGUUAGACGGAUAUGCUUUUACUACUCAUGGAUGGGUCCAAUCUUACGGGUCUCGUUGCGUUCGUCCUCCAAUUCUCGUGGGAGACGUAUCCCGCCCCUCACCCAUGACUGUCAAGGAGUCAAAAUAUGCUGCCUCUCUCACUAAAAGACCAAUGAAGGGCAUGUUGACUGGUCCAAUUACCUGUUUGAGAUGGUCAUUUCCCCGAGAUGAUGUUCAUCAAUCAGUCCAAGCUGAGCAAUUGGCACUGGCCUUACGUGAUGAAGUUGUUGAUCUUGAAGCUGCUGGAAUUAGCGUAAUCCAGGUCGACGAACCUGCUCUACGUGAGGGUCUACCACUUCGCUCUGGCUCAGAGAGAGAGGCUUACUUGAAAUGGGCCGUGGAAUCUUUCCGCCUCUCAGUCUCUGGGGUGAAAGACUGUACCCAAAUUCACUCUCAUUUCUGCUACUCUGAAUUCCAGGACUUCUUUCAUGCCAUAGCAGCUCUAGACGCAGAUGUCCUCUCGAUCGAGAACUCUAAAUCAGACGCCAAACUGUUGAGGGUCUUUAUCGACGAGGCGUACCAUCGUCACAUCGGUCCGGGUGUGUAUGACAUACACACUGAGCGCAUUCCUAGUGAGCAAGAGAUUAAAGACCGAAUUGAGGAAAUGUUACAGUUCCUGAAGCCAGAACAGCUAUGGAUUGAUCCUGAUUGUGGACUUAAAACCCGCAAGUGGUAUGAGACCAAAGCAGCCCUUGUGAACAUGGUUAAUGCCGCUAAAUUUUACCGUGAAAAGUACAGCAAGAAUUAA